CCCUCGGCAUCUCGGCCGGCUGAGGAAUGAACCUCCAAAUGGGCUGAAGUAGCCAUCACGUGUCUAGACGGUGGCCGGGGCCCAAGUAGUCCACUUAUUUCGGCCAACCCGACGCGGACAAAUCUGAGCCCGCCAAGCGAGUUGCAGAAUUCAAAGCCGAAGGAUCCAUAACGGAGCGAACGUCUGCCCCCGACAUGGGUAAAUACAACAAUUACACGGCCCACUUUAAGCUGUGCGUUGUAUCCUUUUCGGAAACAAAUGGCGUCCGGGCGGCGGUGCGGGAAUUUUCGGUGGAUCCCAAGCAGUUGCGAUACCAGUGGAAAUAGAAGGAGCAGCUGAUCCAUGCUAAGGCGACGUGCCGGGCCUUCCGGGGCCCAAAGGGUGGGAAAUACCCCGAGAUCGACAGCAGGAUCUUGGAAUAACGUGACCGAGCUGAGGGACAGCAGGCAUGCCCUGUUGCCCGAGAGGCUCAAAACCGAGUCCCGGGAAGUCGCCAGGGAACAAAAUAUCGCCGAAACGGAGUUUAAAGCAAGUCGAGGCUCGAUGAGCUGCUUCAUGCGGCAGAACAACCUGCGCCUCCGGAGACGCGCGGUGCUACACCGGCGGUUGCCAGAAGGUUUUCCUCGCGAGGUGUUGGAGUUUCAGAAAUCCCUAAAGAGGCGACGCCUAGAGUGGGAUUACUUCCCGUCAUGGACGGGGGACGCGGCAGAUCGGAAGACGGAGAAGGUUCGUUCGUUCGUAUUUAUUCUCAUUCAUUCCUUAAUUCGUUCGGAAGACGGAGAAGGUGGAGGCCCGGGUGCACGAACUGCUGGCCGAGGACACGGUGUUCCCGGGAGCCGCGGAGGAGUCGUUCCCGUCACCCUGCGUCGGCUUCUCAUGGAUAGGUUCUCAUCUCCCAGAGAGGAGGCCGGGAAAUCAAGCAACGGCCCCCGCGCCUCGGAAAACCAGUGCUCGGUGUGGCCCCUGGGAGUAGCAUUAUUCCCUCCCAGGGCCUCUGGGAAUACCUGCAGCCAGGUAUCCCCUUCUCCGAAGGCCCGAGCGAUGGACGGGUUCUCAGAGCGAUGGACAGGUGCUCAGAGCGGUGGACGGGUUCUCGGAGCAAUGGACGGGUGCUCGGAGCGGUGGACGGGUUGUCGGAGCGAUGGAUGGGUGCUCGGAGCGAUGGACGGGUUCUUGGAGUGGUGAACGGGUUCUCGGAGUGGUGGACGGGUUCUCGGAGCGGUGGUCGGGUUCUCGGAGCGAUGGUCGGGUUCUCAGAGCGGUGGAUGGGUGCUCGGAGUGGUGAAUGGGUUCUCGGAGCGGUGAACGGGUUCUCGGAGUGGUGGACGUGUUCUCGGAGCGAUGGACGGGAGUGAUGUGAACUGACCAGGAACCUCAUGGCAUUUCAGGGGACGGUGACAUUGGGGGACAUGGCAAUGACUUUCACCCGCAAAGAGUGGUGGCCUCUGGACCUCGCCCAGCGCAACCUCUGUCGGGACACGAUGCUGGAAAACUAUCGGAACCUCACC